AUGGCGUAUCCCUCCGGUAUGGGAGGACCCAGCGGCCUCCGCUCUCCGUCUUCUCUUCACCAGGCCAUGGGCCCCACAAACGACGGGCGCGCGCAGCUUCACCGUCGCUUUACCACGAAUAAUAUCCCGACGUUGAGUACGCCUUUGUCGCCAAUUGGGCAACAGCGCAGACAGGCGGCCGAGCCAGCCGAAUCCACAACCGCGACAUACCAUAAGUUGCAAGUGCUUGAGAAGAAGAAACUCGAGUACGAAUAUCUCAAAGAACAGAGACGUCGUUUCGAGGCCGAAAUGGAGCUCAUUGAUUUACAGUCCCGCCGUGGCGAAGAAGAGAUCAAUCGUCUCUCUACCGAAGUACGAUACGGCAAGCCUGCCCAAAGCCAGCCGACUACGCCUCCAGAGUACAACGAGGGCAACGGGUUCCCCACAGCUUUCUCUCGUCCAAACCGCUUCAGCAUGUCUAGCAUCAAUUCGGGCAUGAUCACCGGCCGUGGUAGUCGUGCCAACAGCCAGGUCACUUCGCCGCCCGCCAACUUCCAGGGCAAUGCCGGCCUGCCCUCUCAGUCGAUGCCAGGUACCAGGCGCAAUUCUGAUGAGGAUCACGAUGACUUUGACAACGAUGACUUUACUCCUCUGAGUCCAGUUAGCCGCAAGAACAACCGCAUGUCUAUGCCUGUCACCAGUCUCGACUAUCGCAGUCGUACCGACCUCCCAGAUCUGGCAUCGGUUCUUGGUCACAUCGACACUGCUGGCUACUUGUUCGGCGAAGAGGAGAAAGAGCGCAACCCUGCAGCAUCGCCUCCUGAUCAGAAGGCCUACUUCCAAAUGAGCAACACCAAGGAUGAAUUCCCCAUAUUGGUUCGUCGUGAUGGCGCCGGUAAGGGUAUGCAACUUUCCGUUUCCUCUGAUGCACUUGUUCUGGCUGCGCCACAAAUCCCCUACGCCAUUCACACAUCUUUUCAUCGAGUUUCAAAGUCGCUCCCUACUGACUCGUUGUGCGAAGCAGCCCAUGACCAGUACGAGUCUAGUGCGGCCAAUGGCAACAUGGAGACCACUACUCCGACUAAGAAUGUAUCCAACAACCGCCGUUCUGUCGACUUCACAUUCAGUCCCAGGACCACGGAAACCAAGGGCGCACGCUUCACUAGUCUUACCACCCUUAGGAAUGGGGUCACGAAGCCGACUCAGUCCUACUCCGCCAGUGAAGUCCCGACCCUCAAGAAUGGCGCCAAUGGUGGAAAUGGUGGAAACGCAGUCAACGGUACGAACGGCAUGGGCUACAAGUCUCAUGCUGAGCAGCACCUGCACAACCACAACGCCAGCCUGGGACGCAUCCCGCCGAAUGCAACCAAUAACCGUCACAGUCGUGAGCUCUCAUCGGGCUUCAAGGACCAAGAAUAUCGCGCAGCACAGCACUCGGGACUGCACGCGAGCGCAGCCCCGUUCGGCCCUGCUAUAACUUCUGCUGCGUCCAUGAACGGCCUUGCUGCUGCUACUGUUGGAUCUCCUGCCAUGUCGCAGUAUUCCGCCGCUUCAGGUGGCUCGAACAGCCAAUACUACGGAUAUGGAAUGUCAAUGAUGAACGGCAUGAAUGGCGGCAUGAACGGUCUCAACAGUGCAAUGAACGCAAUGUCGCUUGGACAUGGUCAUCCUCUGGCUGGACCUUCUGCGUACGGACCAGGACCAGGACCUAAUGGAGUGUACGGCCAGAUGCCAUACUACAACCCAUAUGCUACCUAUGGCCCUAGUGGUCGUAUGCAGGACAGCCAGGCUCGCGUCAUCCAGAGCCGUCGUCUUCAAAAUGAUGCUAGUCGUUUCAUGAACUACGACCUCAAGACUAUGCCCCGCCAUGAAAUCUAUACUUUGUGCAAGGAUCAACACGGCUGUCGUUUCCUGCAGAAGAAGCUUGAGGACCGCAACCACGAGCACAUCCAGAUCAUCUUUGAGGAGACCAACCCUCAUGUUGUCGAGCUGAUGACCGAUCCCUUCGGCAACUACCUCUGCCAGAAGUUGUUGGAGUUUUGUAAUGACGAGCAGCGCAACACUCUGGUUCGCAAUGCGUCCCCUGCUAUGGUCUCGAUUGCUCUCAACCAACACGGCACUCGCGCGUUGCAAAAGAUGAUUGAGUACAUCUCUACAGAAGAUCAGACUCAGAUGAUUAUCCAGGCUCUGUCUGGCCAAGUUGUCGACCUUAUCCAGGAUCUGAAUGGCAACCAUGUCAUCCAAAAGUGUUUGAACCAUCUCAAGCCAUCUGAGGCCCAGUUCAUCUUUGAUGCUGUCGGGGAACACUGUGUCACCGUCGGUACUCAUCGCCAUGGUUGCUGCGUCCUCCAGCGCUGCAUUGACCAUGCUGCCGGUUACCAGAAGAUCGAUCUAGUCCACAGGAUCACUCAGAACGCCUUCAGUCUGGUACAGGACCCAUUUGGCAACUACGUUGUCCAGUACAUCCUCGAUCUGAAUGACGAGAACUUCACGACUCCGAUGUGCAAGAGCUUCGAGGGCAGGGUUCCUGAGCUGUCGAAACAGAAGUUCAGCUCCAACGUCAUUGAAAAGUGCAUCCGCUGCGCCAACAUGGACGCCAAGGCCAUGAUGAUUCAAGAGCUUCUGGACAUGGUAGAGCUUGAGAUGCUCAUGCGCGAUCAGUACGGCAACUAUGUCAUUCAGACCGCUCUCGAGUUUGCUCCGGGAGAGUUGGCCCUGCACCUUAUUGAAUCCAUGCGUCCCAUCUUGCCUACUAUACGCGCGACCCCAUAUGGCCGCCGUAUCAUGGCCAAGGUCCAGGAGCGUGAGGGUCGUCUUGCUGCGUACACCGGUCGCACCAUCUCUGGUCAGACCUCGCCCCAGGCAGAGCCAUCCGGCUACCAGGGCUCCAACAGCUCUUCCGGCUAUCAGACUCCCAUGUACACCGCAACCGCCAACUACGGCACCAACAUCGUUUCUCCGCAGCCGCAUCGUCAGGCCCACCGCCUUAGCAACCCGGCCCUUCCUCACCACCUGCAGAACCAUGUACAGCACCCAGCAUACCAGUACGGAGCUGCCAACGAGAACGGCAAUGGAAACGGCAUGGGCAACUUCUUCUAA